GCGGUGGGGAGGGAGGAACUAAGAGUGCGCAGGCGGAACCACAGUGUGGAGGGCGGCAAAGAGGAGGGAAAUUUAAAAAGUCCGGACUGUCUCCUGGUGACAGGACAGCUGGAGUCAGUUAACUGGUGUCUUACAAGUCAUUUUAACUUAUAAAAGUAGCCUGGGCUCGUUAAAGACAGACGCAUGAUUAGUUUGGAAGCAGUCAUCAUUCGCUGUGGGGCAAAAUGGAGACGUACCACGAUCAGAUUUUAGACUCACCUUCCAAGAACAGUUACAUUGGAAGCUACUACCAGCCACCAGACAGGAUAGUGCAACCUUCACGAGAGCCGAAGCCCCAUGCACACUCGUCUGUCAGCAUGGGCACACACAUGGCCAGCAGCUCAGUUUCCCAGAGCAGACCAAAUAUUGAUAGCAAAGCCGUGGUUGAUGCACUGAAGACCCUUCAGGAGAAAAUUAGGCGGCUGGAGCUGGAAAGGAUGCAAGCAGAGAAGAGCUACCAGCAGUUCUCCCAUGAUGCUCAAAAGCAUCCGCAAGUUACAACAUUGUACAGUCAGACAGCAGCCAGCCUGCCUGGGACGGAUAACUCUGCCAGGAGAGAACUGGACUCAAAACUGCAGUCUGCAGAAGCUCGCUGUAAGGUUCUCGAGAAGCAGCUGGACUACAUGAGGAAAAUGGUUGAAAAUGCCAAAAAGGAGAGGAGCGCUCUAAUGGAAAAUCAGGCUUCUCUGCAGAGCGAGCAAAAGAGCAGCUCAAACAGCCAAAUUCAGCGAGAGAAGCUGGAAAAACUCGAGUCAGAGUGUCUCAAACUGAGCAGAACCCAAACUCUGGCAGAGAUGAAGCUUUCCAUCCUGGAGCAGAAACUGCUGAAAGAAGAGCACGAGCGUAAACUCGUGCAGGAGAAGGCGGAGGAGCUGCAACGAGAGUUUGAUGUCAGCCUUCGACCAUCUCUGCCAACUUCUGAAGAGACAAAGCCAAAGAAGAAAACAAAAAAGACCAUCAGGAAAACCUCUAAACCUGCCGAACUGCUACCAAAGAGCCCGAUGCACAAGAAAAUGCCCUUUGUUGCAGGAACAUCGACGAGCCCAAGCCAUUCGGUUCAUGCCAACGUGCAAAGUAUCCUUCACAUGAUGAAGCACCACCAGCCACAGCUGUGCCAGCGAGUGAGUGCGCUCCACAGGUCUGGCUGCGGAGUGAAGAAAAACCUCCAAAAGGACUUUUCUUCAUCUUCGUCUGAUUCAUCAGAGAAGCCUAACAGGCUGCCCGUUGACCCAUCGCUCAGCUCACUCGCCGACCUGCUCCUGGCUCUGCAGGACGAGCUGGGACAGAUGAGCUUUGAGCAUCAGGAGUUGGUGCGUCAGAUCGAUGGAGCUCAAAAUCCAGAGCAGAGGCAGGACCUCCAGAGAGAAUUGGAGAUGCUGGUCACCAGGAUGGAGGAUAAAGGAUCUCAGAUCACCAAGCUCCGCAAACACCAGAGGAUGAUCCAAAAACUGGCCCAGUGCCGAUCAUCUCCUGAGGAGCACACAGCCAAAAAGCUGAGUGGGAUCAAGCCACCUGCUCCUUCUCCCGUUAAGACUGAAAAGAAGGGAAGGACAGAUAGGACUACUCAAAAAAACCUGCAGCUUCUCAGAGAGACACAGAAGUUCAGAAACAGCCUCAAACAGGACGACCUCUCCUGGGAAACGUGAUUUUUCUCAGUGAGACCUUCGGCGUGCAGGCCUGGAUGUUACAGCUGGAUGAAAACUGGUUAUGUGUUUUUUUUCUCUGCUCUUCAGACGACCUCUGGACACUUUUAGUAACAAAUUAGAGAGGGAAUAAGGCAUUCUACACAGUGCUCAUUAAAGAAAGUAUUGCACAUACACUGUGCUUCAUAGGGUGUAGUUUGUGAACCAUGAUCUUAACCCAUUUUAAAAGUAAUGCUUAUGAGUCAUGUGCCUUAAGGAGCUAAUGAGCUGUUAUUAAAUAACUUUUAUGUAAUCAUAGGUGUUUAUUUUUAAUAAAGGCUAUUGUUUCUACACA